GAAAAAACAAAGUGAAGACUUCGUACUGCAACAAUAGCUCAAACAAGUUUUGUUAUAUUUUGGUCCUGUCUCAUACUGUUAACUCGAGUCAUGGCUUAUAUUUUGAGAUUUCUUCAAUACAAACCUGGUUCUAAAAUCCGACAUAAAGGCUUUCUUCGAGCGACGGAAUUGAAUAAGGCGCUACAAAAACUUGUUAUUUUGUCUCAAGACGUCGAUUUCCCCGAGGAACUACAAAUAUUAAAGAAAGGAGGAAGCAUUUAUCCAAGAAGCAAAAUUGCCCAAUUGUGUCCCUUUAUUGACGACGAUGGCGUACUACGUGUUGGAGGCAGAUUGCAAAAAGCUAAGUUUCACUAUGACUUUAAAUAUCCUAUGUUAUUGUCCAAACACAGUCCUUUAUCUCUCUUAAUAUUUACAGAUGCUCAUAAGAAGACACUUCAUGGAGGUCUCAUCCAGAUGCAAGCCUAUGUCACUAGAAGGUUUUGGAUAUUAUCUGCCCGAAAUCUUGCUAAAAAGGUCCAACGCCAAUGUAUUACGUGCUUUAAGUACAAGGCCAAAUCCCUGCAGCAAAUCAUGGGCAAUCUUCCGUCUGUGCGAUUGCAACCCACAAGACCUUUUAAACAUAGUGGUGUGGAUUACGCUGGCCCAAUAACCAUUAAGCAAUCAACGGCCAGGAAUUCUGUCACGACAAAAGGAUACAUCUGUCUCUUCAUAUGUAUGGUCACGAAAGCUCUUCACCUUGAAGCCGUAACAAGUCUUUCUACUGAUGCUUUCAUUGCUGCCUUCAGAAGGUUCACCUCACGACGAGGGAUGUGUUCAGACCUUUACUCCGAUUGUGGCACGAAUUUCAUUGGCUCUAAUAAGGAACUUAAGAUUCUACAAAGAAGAAAUACAGAAUCUCUACCGGAAGAUUUGGCAAACCUACUAGCUGACAAUGGCACAAAUUGGCACUUUAUUCCACCGGCUUCCCCAAAUUUUGGAGGACUUUGGGAAGCUGGCGUCAAAUCCACAAAACAUCAUUUAAAACGCAUCAUGGAGCAUCGCAUUCUUACUUACGAAGAAUUAGCAACUCUGUUGGCUCAAAUUGAAGGAUGUCUCAAUUCAAGACCGCUAUGUCCUAUUUCGCCUGACCCUUCAGAUUUCGAAGCUCUAACUCCAUCUCAUUUUCUCGUUGGAGAACCGAUUUUAUGUGUCCCAGAAGAAAAUCUGUUAAAUUUCUCCAUUGAUAGACUUUCCCGGUGGAAAGUUGUCCAACUCCUUAAACAACAAUUCUGGAAACGCUGGUCCUCAGAAUAUGUAAACCGUUUGCAGUCUCGCCCUAAAUGGCUCAAACCUCAAAAGAAUCUUGAAGUCGAUGAUCUUGUCAUUAUUUUCGAUGAAAGAUUGCCUCCAGGCCAGUGGCCGCUUGCCCGAAUUAUCGAUGUUCAUCCUGGUACUGAUGGAAAAGUAAGAGUUGUCUCAUUAAAGUCGAAUGGAAAAAUCUACAAACGUCCUGUCUCCAAAGUCGCACUACUUCCUCUUCAAGACUAUUUCAAUCCCCCACAAGGCCAACAUAAGAGUUGCUGUGAGCAGAGGCAUAGCAUGGUAAUCUCUAAAACCAAAUAAAACACCUCAUCAUUCAUCAUGGUCAAGAACAGUUGUUCUUUGUGCGGGGGAAUGUUGGAGCAAAAGUAUUUUAUUAUUUUUAUUCUAAGUCUUAUUAUUUCAUUUAUUAUAAUUAACUUAUUAUUUUUAUUAUAAUUUACAAUCCCUAUUUGUCUGAACUGACAUCCCUAAUUACAUUGUAAAUUUUUCAACCGGCAUCCCUAUUUCUUUUCUAAUUGCAAUUUUUGGCAAUUCCUCUUUUAAUCGCAUUCUUCGAUUCAAGGUCAAUAUUUGUCUCAACAUAAGCCGGACAAUGAUCUUUGCUGCCUCCGUUACGUUAUGCUUUGUUGUUGUUGUUAAUUUCUCUAUUUACCCUAAUGAGUGGAAAUGUAAACAAAGCAAUAGCGUCAGCAGAGACAGUAAAUAUGAUCAAUGCUGGCUCGUUAUGUUGACGAUUACAAAUCUAUUUUUAGUAUUGUUCCUUUUCUCUGCCGUGCUGCAUUAAAUCGAUCUAACGCUAACAUAAUUUUCUGCCUUGCUGCUAAUACAAACAAAACGACCUAAGUCGCAAAUUUUAUAAAUUAAAGUUUAAUAAUAUUAAUAAGAAUUAAGUGUCCCAUCAGGAGCAAAACUAUUACCAAAUUAUAUUUAAUUAUAAUUUUGAUUAAAUAAAAUUGCCCCAGUGACAAUAAAUUUUAAAGAACA